AUGAGUAAAGUGCUGUCGGAUUUCUUUAUUAAAAAAGCCAAGAAUGAGUUGCGAGAAGAUGAAAGCAGAAAGUUGCAAUCUUUCGAGAUUGUAAAAGAAUGGAUAUUGAAACAUCCAUUUAUAACAGUUCUUGAUCCAGAAAUGUUAACAUUGGAAAUUUUUCUUCCAUUUUUACGUGUUAAAAAGUUUUCGAUGGACAAAGUUUAUGAGUCAAUUGAAAAAACGUUAUUAUUCAUCAAACGUCACGAGAACUGGUCUAAUUUUCAUGGUGAGAAUUUACAACGUGCACUUGACUUGUAUGACACUGGAUAUAUUAUUGUUUCAAAAGAGCACGAUUCCGAAGGUCGCAGAAUAAUUGUGUGUAAUCAUGAGAUGGAUUUGACGAAAUUCAAUGCCGAUGACGUUUUUCGUCUAGUUGUUUUACUGUUCUCGACUCUAUACAAUGAUGAAGAAGCUCAAAUUGGUGGUGUAAUUUACAUUAGUGAUGCAAGAGCUGCAAAUAUAAAUUAUGUCACAAGCUUUUCACUCAAAUCAUUCUUUCAAUUCGUAACACAGUUAAAGUCAUCGCCAAUUCGUUUGAAGAAUAUAAUUGCCGCUGGAAUGCCAACCUUUGCUAAUCAGUUAAUGAACAUUGCAAAACUUGCAUUUUCAGAAAAAAUCAAGAACCGUUUAAUGUUUAUGGAUAGUAUAUCGGAUCUACCAAAUGAAGUUGAUGUGUCUAUUUUGUCAGAAGAGUAUGGAGGAAAAUUCACAACAGCAGAACUGAUUGAAAACUUUAAACCAAAGCUCAUUGCAAAUGCGAAUUUCAUGAAUGAAUUUAUUAAAAAAAUAGAAAUUGACUUCUCAAAAGUUGGAGAUAAAGAUUUUGAUGAAACUGAAAUGUUGGGAACAUUCAGGAAGUUAGAAAUUGAUUGA